AACGCGUUCGCAACCGAAAAACAGUGCCAAGGAACAGCGCCCGGUUCGCAUGGCAGCUAUCUAUAUGAGUAUUUCGAGUGCUCGGCCAAUCGACGGUUAUAUUAAAGCUAUAUAAAUAUAUAUGCGCGGACCUAUGUGCGUGAAUGUGUUUUAAGUAAAAAAUCAAAUUUGGAAACGUUGCAUUGUAGCAUGGAUCGUAUUGGAGAUAUUAUAAACAAAUAUUUUGAAAUCAGAAAAAAGAAAAGCAAUUGAUCUAAAGUUAUUUCCAAAGAGUCUUGCAUUUGAAAACGGCUGGGAAGAUUUAUGGGUAGUGCGCUGCCGUUUAGCAAGAAGAAACUAUGCUAUUUAUAAAACACAGCUAAUUUCUGUGGCCGUAAAUGUUUUGUAUAAAGUGAAUAUUCCAAAAUUAAAUCAAACAAAUUGUGAGCGAGGCAAUAGCUCAUUUGUGUCUGUUUGUGAGCUGUGUGAAGUUUGUGAAAGGAUACGGCGACAAAGAUCCCUCGGAGCCUAUAUCUAUGGUGUAAUCGGCAAGUGAAUGUGGCUAAAUAAUCUAAAAGCAAGACGCACAGAAUCCCGGCGGUUACGCAACUCAGCUGAAAGAUUCACAUCCAAAGGCUGGCCCCAUUCCCCGUCGUCCAGCCGCGAAAUAUUCUAAAUGCGGAAGUAUUUCGUAAAAAGAAAAGCUGAUAAGUUGUACGAGAACAGAUGCAUCAUCUGUACCCAUCGCUGAAAGGCGAUCAACUCUGCCCCCUUGGCUUCCAUCCCCAGACUAGAUAUCCCACACGAUGUAAGCGCUGCUUCCGGGAUUACAAGGAGCAUGGAGCACGAAGAGCCGGCGAUGAGGUGGCUGCCUCAUCGCCCAAUCUCUCCGAUGCCCAGAGCUCGAGACCAUCUUCGCGAACGUGGACAUCAACUCAGAAUCUUACCAGUGCGAAUGCAACUAACGGGAAUGAUAUAGUUGUCCACUUCAAUGUAGAGCUAAGGAAGCGUCCACAAUCAUGGGCCUCCACACCGGAUAUCGACGAGCCAGACGAAGUUGGUCGCCGUCCGCCAGCCCCGGCAUCCACAAGUCGAGCCACCGUCGCCGAGGAUCACGAUGUGGCUGUCACCGUGAAACUGCCGGUCCCGCCGCGACGUCACACAACCGCCUUGGAUAUCAAGGAGGUGGAACACUCUCCAACACCGCCAACCCGUGUCACAUCCUCACCCAGUAAAACUUCAAGUAUUCCAGAUGAGUUAGUCAUCCUAUCGACAGACAGUCUAGCAGAACGUGUCCGCAAAAUGAAUCUUCUGAAGAAGCAGCGCAGUCUUAACUCCCGAGAAAACAGUCGGGAACGAUCAGUUCCACGGAGGGAAGAAGAAAGCGAGUCCACAGCUGCCUCAGCACCGCUGGUUCCUGAUCGCCCAGAGCGCAGCAAGUCGGGUACUUCUCUAAAUCAAAUGCCCUCAGCUGAUCUGAAAAGAGCUUCCCUGCCGCCCAAGAAAGUCACAAUGGCAACCACCACGGCAUCGUCCAGCAGCAGUAGUACCAAUUCCCUGAAGACCACUUCCACUUCCGUCAGCAGCGAAGUCAAGGCCUCAUCCUCAUCCACUUCCUCAACAAGCUCAAGCACGGUUCGACGCAAGGAAUCGGAUACAGUGGCUAGCAAAGAAAUCAAAAGACAAACUGUACCCGCUACAUCGACAUCCCACAACAGCACAUCCAUUAUCACUCCAUCCAAGUCGCAGGACUCACUUCAAGAGCAAAUGAAGACCCUGCGUCAGGACCUGGAAACGAUGAAGACACGGGCAGAAAGAGCGGAGCGUGAAAAGAGUGAUAUUCUUUUGCGGCGACUGGCCUCUAUGGACACCGCCUCCAAUCGAACUGCCGCCUCGGAAGCUCUGAAUCUGCAGCAGAAGCUAAACGAAAUGAAGGAGCAGCUGGAUCGUGUCACCGAGGACAAACGCAGGCUUAACCUACGGAUGAAAGAGCUGGAAAACAAGGGCAGCGAGUCCGAACUCCGGCGAAAACUUCAAGCCGCCGAGCAAAUCUGCGAAGAGCUGAUGGAGGAAAACCAAAGCGCCAAAAAGGAAAUACUCAAUCUGCAGGCCGAAAUGGACGAGGUGCAAGACACGUUCCGCGACGACGAGGUCAAGGCCAAGACCAGUUUGCAGAAGGAUCUCGAAAAGGCCACCAAAAACUGUCGCAUCCUUAGCUUCAAGUUAAAAAAGAGCGAUCGCAAGAUCGAGACCCUGGAGCAGGAGCGGCAAAGUUCUUUUAAUGCCGAGCUGAGCAACAAGGUCAAGAAACUGGAGGAGGAGCUGCGUUUCUCCAGCGAACUAACUAGAAAGUUGCAAACGGAGGCAGAGGAACUGCGCAAUCCUGGUAAAAAGAAGGCUCCCAUGUUGGGCGUCCUAGGAAAAUCCACAUCCGCGGAUGCCAAGAUCACCCGAGAGUCCCUUACGCGCGGUGGCUCCCAGGAGGACCCUCAGCACUUACAGCGCGAACUACAAGACUCCAUUGAGCGGGAGACGGAUUUAAAAGACCAACUUAAGUUCGCCGAAGAAGAGGCUGAACAUUUGAGGAAAAAGGUGACUCGUUUCGAGGAUGAAAAUGAGUCUUUGAUGAUGCAGUUGAAAAAAAUGGCAACGCGCUCAAGAAGCCGCAAGCUGAGUCCCACACCGCAUCCUCAUCGCCUGGCACCCGAAGUUCACGCCGAUCGUGAUGAAGGUAUCUCCGACGAGGAUGAUCCCGCGGAACUGAGGAUUCUUUUGGAGUUAAACGAACAGGAAGCCUCGAUCCUGCGGCUCAAGGUAGAAGAUCUCGAGAAGGAGAAUGCCGAGUCCAAAAAGUAUGUGAGGGAACUCCAAGCCAAGCUUCGACAGGACAGCUCCAAUAGCAGCAAAUCCUCACUCCUCAGUUUCGGAACCUCGUCCAGUGCCACCGAAAAGAAGCUAAAGACACUUAAUGAUGAGUUGAUUCAACUUCGCAAGACACUUGUCGAAAAGGAGCAGGCCGUGGACUCGCUCAAGAAUCAGCUCAGCAAAUUGGAUACAUUGGAAACAGAGAACGACAAGUUGGCCAAGGAGAACAAACGUUUGCUAGCGUUACGAAAGGCUAGCGAGAAGACCGGAGAGGUGGAUUCUAAGAUGAAGGAAUCUCUGGCUGUGGCACAACGGGAAAGGGAUGAGUUGACGGCCCGUCUCAAGCGGAUGCAAUUGGAAGCGGAGGCAAAGCUGCCACCUCGCACUGCCAAAAGGGUAAACGAUCUUACGCCGAAGAGUCACCUUAAGAAGUGGGUGGAGGAGCUGGAGGACGAGAUAAGCGAAAUGCGGGUUAUGCUGAGUUCCAGCGAUACUGAUCAGCUGAAAGCCCUGCAAUCGGCCAAGGGCACGCUGGAGGAGGACUUAAGGAAAUGUAGGCAAAAACUGUCUUUGGCCGAAGGUGAUGUCCAGCGAUUGAAGCUUCUGAACGGAAAUAGCACAAAGGUCAGCGAGCUGGAACUGAAGUUAAAACGAAGCGAUGAGGACUCGAAAAAGCUGAACUCGAAGCUAAAGGACUUGGAGGACAAGCUUAAGAAACAGGACGCCCAAUUGAAGCUUGGCGAAACUAGCAAAUCCUCUUGGGAAACGCAAAGCAAGCUGGAAAAGGAAAAGCUGGCCAACCUGGAGAAAGACAUUGCAAAACAGGCCAAGGAAAAAGAAAAGCUAGAGACCAAGAUCACACAACUGGAUGCUGAUUUACUGAGUGCCAAGAAGUCAGCCGAAAAGAGCAAGUCCAGUUUGGAGAAGGAGAUUAAGGACCUGAAGGCAAAGGCUAGCAAAUCGGAUAGCAAGCAGGUGCAGGAUCUUAAGAAGCAAGUUGAGGAUGUUCAGGCUUCGUUGAUCUCUGAACAGAAGCGAUAUGAAGACCUCAACAACCACUGGGAGAAACUCUCCGAAGAAACUAUUCUAAUGCGUGCCCAACUCACCACUGAGAAGCAGAGUCUCCAGGCCGAACUGACCGCCAACAAGCAAAAAUUGUCCGAAAUGGACACCAUCCGCAUCGAGCGCACCGACAUGGCAAGAAAAUUAAGCGAGGCCCAGAAGAAGAUAGCCGAUCUGCAGGCCAAGGCCCUCAAAGCGGUAAAUGGCAAUGGAGGCGAGUAUGAACGAACCGUCCUAAAGAACAAGCUGGCGGAGAAGGAACAUGAGUAUGAACGUCUGCGAAGGGAGAACGAGAUGAACAUAGACUUGGUCUUCCAGCUGCGCAAGGAUAACGAUGAUCUGAAUGGCAAGCUCAGCGACUACAACCGGAUAGAGCAGGCUCAAUCCUCGCUAAAUGGACAUGGAGCGAGGCGCGAGGCAGAGAUCAGGGAGCUCAAGGAACAAUUACAGAGCACUGAACUGCAAAUGAAAUCCGAAGUGGCCACAGUUAGACUUCGCUAUGAGCAACAGGUGAAGAACCUCAGCGGAGAACUUAACUCAAUGCAGCGCCAGUGUGAACGCUUCAAAAAGGAUCGCGAUGCCUUCAAGCAGAUGCUGGAAAUGGCCCAAAAGAAGAUUGGCGACCUCAAGGCCAACAACACCGGAAGACAAAGUCGAGGUUCCAUGCACAGCAGCGAUGAUGAUGACAAGAGCAAGAUUGCCUACCUCGAACAGCAGAUUGGCCAUCUAGAAGACCAGUUGGUCGAAUCUCGGCUGGAAUCCAGCAAGAUAAAAACGGAACUUGUAUCCGAACGCAGUGCCAAUGAAAUCAAGAUAUCGGAGAUGCAGUCGAAGCUUAACGAGUUUGAAGAGGAACGUGUCAUCGGAUCGGGCAGCACCAAGCUGCCUGGCAUGAAGACGAAACUAGAGCUCUCUUGGCAGAAGGAACGCGAGGAUCAGCAACGACUACUGCAGGAAACCUCUACCUUGGCGCGAGACUUACGUCAGACCCUCUUUGAGGUGGAACGUGAACGCGACAAGGAACGACUGGAGUCCAAGCGAAAGCUGGACCAGAUCAAGCGGGCCACCGAAGAGGAAAUGGAGGAGGGUCGUAAGAAGAUUGCCGAGCUGCAGUGCGAUUUACUGGAGCUUCGUGAUGUUCAUGCCAAACUGCGUACCUCAAACGAGAAGUUAAGACGCGAGCGUGAACGCUAUGAAAAGGAGCUGAUCAAACGACGAAUGGAAGCCGAUGGCGGAGAUCGUAAGGUGGGCGCUCUUUUGCAAACGGUUGACGAACUGGUUAAGAUUGCUCCGGACCUAAAAAUGGUUGGCAGCGGGUCGUCAGCACGUAGCAACAGCUCCGGAUAUGAUAAGAACUUGCGACCGGAGCAGCCGAACGUGCGUCGCAGUCGCUCGCCAUCACCAACUUUGAGCAGUUCUCAGAUUACCAGUGUCCUGGCCAGACUGGCGGAAGCCUCGGAAGAGCUGCGCAAGUUCCAGCGGGUGAACGAGGACGAACAGGAACGCAGUCGGAUGAGGAGGAGUAAUCUGCGUCGGGCUGCCUCGCAGGAGAACGACCCUCACGGCAGCACCAGUUCGGUGGCCAGUGCGGCGGGAUCGCAGCGUGGCGGAGGACGAUUGUCCCGGAACUCAUCUAACAAUGGAAGUCUGAUUAGGAAGAGUCUCUCACUGGAUCACUCCAUACAAAGGGAUCAGAAUAUUUGGCGUCAGGACGAUGGCAGUGUGUCCUCCAUGCAAUCUAUAGACUCGGAACUAGGUGGCUUGGUCAGGGACUCAAGUUUGGACUCACGUCUUGAUUCUCGUCUAUCUGGUGGGUCCACUCAGAGCGACAUACCACGAGGACCUCGCAAGAAGAAGAAGGGCAUCAUGGGCAAGCUGCGCAGCCUGACCAAAAGUAGUCGCAAUUCCGAGAGUGAAAUAUCAAUUCAAGGAUCUGACUCGGAUAUCAGCGUGGCCAGCGACAUGAGAUCAAGCAAGAAGGAUCUUCGCGGCCGGCUGUCCGGAAUGUUUAAGCGCUCCGGCUCCAACUCCCGCAGCGAAAGCAUGGAACGGGCAGGAACCGAACAGAGACCCGUGGCCGUCACCGUAGUAGGACAUCCCGAUGGACCUCAACCUCGCGAGCCGCCGCCUGCCAAUUCCCUCACACCCAGACCCAUACGUUCUAUCCCCAAACCGCCGAGCGCCGGAGCACCCACCACACCUACCACAAGACGUCGCGUAGCCAAGUAGUGACCAUUGGUUAAUAGGUUUCAAUCUCAUAGGAUUCAUUCUAAUCGUAGCUGUAGACGUUCGAAUAACCCUCGUCCCACUGGCUUCCGAAUCGCAACUUCUGCUAAUCCCAAGCCUUCAUAAUUAUAUGUUGUUUUUUUAAAUAGUUUACUUCAUUUUUAUUUGAACACUCAGCCGAAAUAAAGUCAUCUUUUUCAAAUAAA